UAUCAAGCGACCUUGAGGGGCCACUGCGCAAAAAUGCCAACGCGAAGUCGUAGGUACUGGAUCCUAGCCGCCUUACGACGAGUAUGGGCGAACAAGCUGACCCUGAUUGCUGACGAUGGUGACUCCAGUGAGGAGGAAGAGGAGCAGGAGCUGAUGAUGCUGUACUUCGUGCUCAACUCCAAGCGGUAUCUUUCACGCCGCGAGCGAUUCGAGCGACCAGAGUGUCGGGUUGAAUACUAUCUUACAGGCAUGUCGAACGAGAACUUCCGCCUCAAUUUCCGGAUGAACAGGCAGUAUUUUACCGCAGUGUGCCAGCUCAUCACCAACCAUGACGUAUUCUGCUCUGUGCCGGGUAAACAGCCUCGAAUGCGCGUUGAAAUCCACUUAAUGGCCCUGUUAAAGAUGCUUGGUUCUUUGGACGGCUACGGCCUAUCAGCUGACUUCCUUUCGGUUGGCAGUCAUACCCCAGAAUCCCUGCUGACUCGGCGAGCUAUGGAGGCCUUACUCAGCUAUAAGAACGCUGUUAUAUGCUGGCCUGACGCGGUAGAACGUCGUGAGAUUUCUGCAAGAAUCGAGAAUGUUUCAGGAUUUCCUUGCUGUGUUGGAUUAAUCGACGGUACGCUAUUUCCCCUUCGUACACGCCCUCAAAAGCAUGGAGAGGACUACUAUUCGCGGAAGGCUUCGUACGCAAUAAAUGGAUUGGUAGUCUCUGAUGAUAAGUGUCGUAUUCGCUACGAAAAUGUUGGAUGGCCCGGCUCCUCACACGACAACCGGGUGUGGCGUAAUUGCAAACUUGCAAGGAACAGAGAGCAACACUUUAACAUGAACGAGUAUCUGCUGGGUGAUUCCGCCUACCAGCCGUCAAACGUGAUGGUUUCUUCGUACAAGACAAUUCGGGGUGGUCAGCUAUCGACAAAGGAGGAAGGCUUCAACUCGCAGCUUGCUAAAAUCCGUAUUCGUGUAGAGCAUUGUAUCGGCAUGUUGAAAGGACGAUUCCCGUUGCUUAAAGCUUUGCGGUGCAGACUCCGAAACAAAAAAGAGAAGCAAGACACUAUUCAGCUUAUUCAGUCCGCAAUGAUUUUACACAAUAUGGCCAUCGGUGACCCGAUGCCUGACGACUGGGUUGUACGAGAGAGUGAUGACGACGAAUGGGCUGACGAACUGCCGCGGUCCUCGAGGAAUAGUGAUCAACGCCGCGCUUAUCUUCGCGACUACAUAUUCGACCUCAAAAAUUAGCCGGCAAAUCUGACUGACACGUCCAUGGGAUGUAGUGGCAGCAUGAGGUCAACAUCUUGCUGAGAAAUUCCAUCAUCCUGCAGCUUUUUCCUGGCAAGUAGUAGUUGAACGACACUCUCGCGUUUAGUUUUCUCCAGUUGAAUUUUCUUCGAGGCUAGAUCGACGUCUGCUUGAGCUUGCUCUCGUAGAUUUUUUGCCUCUUUCAAAGCCAGUUCUCUCUCUUUCA